AUGGCUUCGGCCACCAAGGUCCAGCAUUCGAAGUUCGAUGCACAGUCUUUCAACCCCGGACUGAACGUUGUCUACCCUAGUGAUGAUCAGGCAACGUUAAAGUUCUCGGCCAAAAUCGAGAUCAUCGCCAUUCCAGGCUUGGGAGCGGACCCCGAAUAUACAUGGAAGAAGAGCAAAGUGCAUUGGCUUCGCGAUGCCAACAUGCUUCCGAAGAAGAUUCCACAUGCCAAGAUUAGCGUUUUCCAGUAUCAGUCGCAGUGGUUCGGAAAAGGGUCGGUCGACGAACGCAUCGACAAUGUCGCGAACAAACUACUACAUAGCCUCGACAGGUCACGAGUGAACGAAACCAAAACGCCCAUCAUCUUCAUCUCACAUUGUCUUGGGGGCAUUAUUCUCGAGAAGGCCCUGCUUAUGUCGAGAUCACGCCAAACGGACUUUCCCAACGUGUAUCCUUGGAUCGCGGGAUGCUUCUUCCUCGGUACACCUUUUCACGGCACGUCAAGCCAGUCCAAGGCAAUGGUGCUAGCAUCCAUGGCCGAAGUCGCCGGCUGGGGUACGCCCUCUAGUCUACUCAAGGUGUUAGAAAAAGACUCGGAUAUAUUGCGCAGUCUUCUCACUGAGUUUUCUUACAUGGCGCGAGAGGCUCAGUUUCGACUACUUUGCUUCUGGGAAGAAAAUGACAGCGACCUGGUCAACUACCUCGUGAAGGGAAUCACAUGGCUGAAGAGUAAAGAACGCAUCGUGGAUCAAUCUUCGGCAACAAUCGAAUCAUUCGACAGCAUCUCUCUCAUGUCGGAUCAUUUCCAACUCAACAAGUUCCCUGGGCCAAAGGACGGUAACUUCACUUCCGUCUCUGAUGAGAUCCGUGAGACAGCCAACAAGGCGGAUAGCAUCAUCAAGACGCGUCAGAACAUGCUUCGACAAUCUCAAGUCGAUGAUCGUACCUACCACAGCAUGAUGGAUGCCCUCGGCAAAGGAUUCGCCGACGUAGAAGCCGCCGUAAAGGGCACGUACACAGGAGCGAAGGGUACGAAGUCAUCAUCAGUGCUGGAAAUCGAAAACUUCCAGACCUGGAAGAAUUCGAAUGCAAGUCCUGUCCUUUGGAUUCAUGGAAAGGCUGGUACGGGCCAAGGUGCGAUCGCAUCUUCCGCUCUUGAACUUCUCCGAAAUGAAAAAGCAGAAAAAUCAAUGAUAAUGUCGUUCUUUUGCGACCAGGGCGACACAAUGCGACGAUCGCUCAAAGGCUUACUGCAAAUGGCUGUCCGCCAGAUGAUCGACAUGGACCAAGAUCUUGCCCGACACUUGCUUUCAGAUUCUCGCAGCAGCAAAGACGCUGGAAAGCAAAGUUUUGACACCGAGGAGAUACUCAAGGUGCCCACUUUAUGGAUAGCACUACAUAAGAUGGCGCGGGAUCUGCCUAACACUAAAAUCUACAUCGUGGUAUACGGUGUGGAGCAGCUUGCGGAAGAAUCGUUGGAACAAUUUCUGCAGUACAUGUCAGAGACGCUAGAAACCGAGGUUGCGACAAAUGACGAAGAGGAGUGUCAAUCCGUCAGAUGGCUGCUUCUCAAUCGAAGCGGUCGCCCGAACAUCGAGAAAUGCUUGAGACCGCGAUCGUUGGAGAUCAAUCUCAGCGACGCGGAGAACUCUGCGCAGAUUAGUGACGACCUCAAAGCGCACAUAUCAAACAGCGUCGACGAGCUGGAGCUUCCAAAGUCUUUGGCAUAUUUCGUGAAGCGCCACAUCUACUCGCGCGCGGAAGACAACUGGAUCUACGUUAGUCUAGUCGUACAAGAAGUCAAGAAUGCGUGGGUCCACGGAUCUACACAGCACGCACAGAUCCGAAGACUGUUGGAGUCAUUUCCGUAUGGUCUGACCGACAUGUUUGAGCACGUGCGAAAGCGCGUCCUGAAUCCACAAGCGGAGGGCCAUGAAUACACAAAAGAGAUAUUGCGUUGCAGAAUCUCGGCAUAUGUAGCGCCCACCAUGCGCGAGCUUGCGAUCAUGGCCGAGCUACCUCAGCAAGAUCGCAACGACGUGAACAAGCUCAAAGUAUACAUAGUUCGCUGUGGUGCAUUCUUCACCUUGAGGGGUAACGACUGGGAUCUGGAUAACAGCACUGUCGAAUGGAUCGACAUCUCAGCACAGGAGCAUCUCCGACAGUAUGCAAAGAACGACUUAUCUCUGGAUCUUGACGAUGUUCAGCAUGGCAUCAUCGCGUUACGUUCGUUGGAGUAUAUAUACGACGCCGUCAAACAUCAAGACGCGGCAGAACACGAGCUAGAGGAUGGCAAUGAAGAUCAAGAGGAAGAAAAAGAGGAAGAAGAGCCAGCGGAGGAUCUUGAGGUCGAAGUAGAGGAGGCGAUCGACACUACCGAAGCCGACAGCAAGUCAGUACACGAUGGCGCCAGCCAACAAAGCGAACAGGACCAACAGGACCAACAGGACGAAGACGAUGAAGAUGAAGAAGAAGACGAGGCUGAUUCAUCCUCAGUUAGAGAAGCGAAUGAAGACGAAGGUAUGCUAGACGUUGAUCUACAAUACCCUGUUCGGUACUGGGUGGAACACGCGAAGCGAGCACCACCGGAUGUGCUCGAAGAAAUCGACUUUGGCCACUCAUUCUGGCAAGAAGGUUCCGAUGCUCGCCAAAGAUGGUGGAAAACCAUAGAAGAAGUUCACAACAUGACAGAUCAGAAAGACGUAUCGCCACUCCAUGUCGCUGUAAUCCUCGAGUUCCCUGCUUUAGUCGACCACAUCCUUAGCCACAGUGAGACGGCGGAUGUCCACUUACAAGACUCUCUCGGGUUCCAGCCUCUGUAUUACGCAUGCGAUGGUGGCUGUGGGGAGAUUGUCAAUGCGCUAUUGGGAGCAGGUGCUGACAUUGACUUCUCGAGCAGCAGCGCCAACCCUACCGCGCUGCAUGCUGCGUCAAGGAACGGCCACUACGAUGUUGUCAGCACCUUACUCGACCGCGAGGCCGAUGUAAACGCCUCGUCGUCAGACCAUGGAACAGCGCUUUACGCGGCUGCGGGCAACCUCGAAAAUCGCGUCGUGAAGCUUCUGCUCGACCGCAAUGCCGAUGUCAACGUCAUUGGUGGCCCUGGCCGAAGAGCGCUGAAUAUGGCCGCAUUCUCAGGCAAUACUGAAGCUGUUCGCCUAUUGAUCGAGAGAGGCGCUAGUGUUGACCCCAACGAAGAGUACUUCUACGGGUCUGCACUUGGUGCUGCCGCCCGUCGUGGACAUGCUGAUGUUGUCCGUCACCUCUUGUCGCAGUCGUGGAACCCGAGCCGACCGAUGAAGACCUAUGGAAGCUUCUUGAACGCAGCUGCUACCUAUAACCAUCUGGAAGUCUUCGAGAUCCUGCUCGAGAAAGAGGAGCGCGUUCUCGUGCUCGAACAGGCAUUGCAAGCUGCUGCGCAACGGGGCUACGAUGCCAUUGUCAAGGCCGUUCUGGAAAAAGAAUCCAAAGUACCGUCGUGCAUCAUCAGGUACCAGAGAGCGUUUUCUUUGGCCGCCUUCUACGGUAGAACGGAAGUGCUCAAGUUACUUCAUCCAAAGGGAAUCGAUCAAACGCAACUAGACGAGGCCCUGUAUCAGGCUACCGACAACGAGCACCUGGAGACCGUGAAGCUGCUUCUCGACUUUGGCGCCAACCCAGAUACGGAAGGGCCUACGUACGGCUUUGCGUUAGCCGCCAGUGCCUACGAUGGUACAGCGGACAUCAUGAGAGCUCUUCUCGAUAAAGGCGCUAACGUGAACAAACGCGGUGGAGAUUACGGCACAUGCAUCCAGGCAGCUGCAUGGUUCGGCGACGCCGAUAACGUUCGACUGCUACUUGAGCGCGGAGCCAAGCUCAAUACUGAACCAAUUGGUUAUUACGGCACCGAGCUGCAAGCUGCUGUUCAUACUGGCGAUGAAGACACCAUUCGCCUUCUUAUCGAAGAAGGAGCUGAUGUGAACGCAUUUGGAGGGCACUUCUCGUAUGCUAUUGUUGCUGCGGUGGAGCAAGGCGACAGCACUGCGACCAAGAUUCUGUUCGAACAUGGUGCUAAUGUCAACCUUCUCUUGCAGAACGUCAACGACAUCAAUGCAGCCUGCGCUAGAGGCACAACAGCUUUGAUCAAUUGCGCUGACGCAUGCGAUGCAGAUGGAUUAAAGUUUCUCAUCUCUCAUAACGCCGACGUGCACAUUUCAAGCGACAAGUACGGUACAGCACUCCACGCAGCAGCUGCCGAAGGCGAUGAGGAAUGUUGCGAGGUAUUGCUCCAAGCUGGCGCGGAUGUCAACGCUGUUGGUGGGCCAUAUGGAACGCCGCUGCAAGCUGCUGCAUGGGCCGAGGAUAUGGAAAGUGUCCAAGUCUUACUGAAAGCCGGUGCCGACAUUAGCAUCACGGAGCCCAUAUCCGGCGAGUAUGGUACGGCUCUGCAGGCCGCUUGUGCUGCUGGCUCAUUCGAUAUCGUCAAAGAGCUAUUACAGCAUGGUGCGGCUGUCAACAUCCGGCCAGCGAAUGGAAAGUUUGGCGGUGCACUCUCUGCAGCCGCUGCCGGCGGGUUCGACAAGCUUGUAAAGCUUCUCAUCAAACAUCACGCCGAUGUGAACGCUAGUGGUGGCCUACAUGGCUUCCCUAUCCUGGCUGCCGCUCAGUCUGGGGUCUUACCUGUCGUGCAGCGCUUACUCGACAACGGUGCCAAUGCUUCAGCGCUAGGAGGCAUACUUGGCUCCACUGUAGCUGCUGCAGCUUACGGGAACGACUUGGGAAUUAUCCGAUUGCUGAUAGAACAUGGGGCCGAUGUACAUGCAAAGGGGGGGAAGUAUGGCGACGCCCUACAAACAGCAGCGAUGAAAGCCGAUAUGGCCAUCAUUGAGGAACUUCUCGACCGAGCCAUCGAACUCGUUAAUCAUCGCGAUGGCAAAUAUCAUACCGCUCUCGUAGCCGCCUCAUACUUCAACCGUAUGGAGGUGGUUGUCAAGCUGCUUGAUGCUGGAGCAGACUUUCGGGUUCAGGGCGGAAUGUACCGAAGUGCUAUCUCCGCGGCUGCCAUCCGAGGCAACAAGACUAUUCUGGACAACUUUCUCGCGAUGAAACCUCCGGAUCACCUCUUGGAUGAAGCGUUCGUUGAAGCUUGCGCUCAUCGUCAAUCAGCCUGUGUGGACGCUUUACUCAAAGCGGGCGCCAACGUCUACGCACGACAUCCGAAUCGAGGGUCUGCAACCGAAGCACUUGAUACAUCGGAAGAAGAGGAUGAAAAUUCCGAUCUGGAUGAUGACGAUGAUGAGGACGAGGAAGAAGAUUCCGAUGAUGAAGAAGAGGAAGAGAGUGAUGAUGACGAAUGGGAAGGUGACGACGUCUCCGUGGCCGGACAGACCGACGCAGGCAGUGUUACUGACGUGGAACUGGAAGAAGAGUUGCCGGAAGAGGCCAAGAUACGAAAACUGUUGAGAGAGGCACAGGAUCGCUGCAAACGCAACCCAACAGUGAAGCGGUUCAGGACCGUAAAGCGCCAAGAGAUUCCGACAAGCCUUAGCGCUGGGAUAAACCGCCGUCGUCCGGUACCACCAUUGCCCUUGCAAGCAGUGCGCGAAUCCAAUUUGCACAGCGAUGAGAAGGAAGUUGCACCACCACAUGGCCAGCACUCCCAGGAGCCCUGGAGUCUGCCUUUUCACCUCAGACCGGGAAGGGCAGAGGUUGUAGCGGUUCCACAUGCUCAGCCGGCUCCAGGGGUUCCAGUAUCAUCGUACGCUGCCCAUUUACCCCCUAUACCUGCUCAGGGCAAUCUUCAAUCUCCACCAUUAUCGUCCGAAGGUAUGCGAUCGUCCAUUGACGACCGGCAACGACAAGACUCGGCCUCUUCUUUACCAUCACAGAGACACAGCUUGAUUGAAGCCACAGUUAGCGUGCCGCAGCCUGACAACACGACGUUGAGGAAGGGUAGUGCAGACCACGGGCUCAAGAGAAACAGCAAGGCUGUCAAUCGCAAGUCAGUCGCAAACCUGGAAGCAGUCAAUCGAUACCACCAGCAGCGGCAGUCAAGCUACUCAAAGCCCACACCACUCCUAGACCGAUCGAUAUCAGAACACGACUACGCUGCGCAGGGUCAGCAGAUCGCGUCUCCACCACAGUAUGGAUCACCUCAGAUUGCACCGCAAGGCAACAACCCUGAUGCUGUGAACCAGUCAUACCCUCCACCACUGCCACACCGGCAAUCACAGCAGUUCAAUCAGGCACAACCGUGGUUGUAUCCUGGUCCAUCGCAGGCACCGCAGCCCCCUCACCAACAGUACCUGCCGUAUACAUCGCCACCGCUGCCUCCAACGCAGCAACAAUACAUGCCUUAUUCGCACACAAGUGCAGCUUCAUCUCCGGCUUCGAGGCCGAGCAGUCAGUAUACGAAUACAGGUAGCCAAUAUGCACCCUGGGAUACGCCGAACUCAAGUACAACUACGUUCAGUAAUGCGCAGGGUCAGGGCGAGGCGCAGGGAAGGCGGUGGGCUAGUGGUGGGUAUGAAGGGCAGGGGUAUGGAUAA